GAGCUUUUGUUGGCUCAUCGUCGAAGUACUGGAACUGUUCUGUCUUCUUGCCACUACAAUGCGUUCUCUUCAGUACUUCCCCUCCGUCUCAAUCUCCUUCAGAACACAAAAAGACGUAAACACCCCUCUCCUUCCUCGCUUAUCUCCCACUAAAACCCGUAAUUAUCCUCUACCGUUGAGGGUAGCGACGUCAACUGACGAAAUCCUCCCAAACGCCGUCCGCCGGAAAACAGACAUCAACUGGAGAGGAGGGUUCAGUCUCGGCGUAGACUUAGGGUUGUCGAAGACAGGAAUCGCGCUUAGUAAAGGCUACACCUUUCGACCUCUCACGGUUUUGAAAUCGAGAGGGCAGAAGCUCGAGACGAAGCUGCUAAAAAUUGCCGAAGAAGAGGAGGUUGAUGAGUUCAUAAUCGGGUUGCCGAGAUCUUCUGACGGUAAAGAGACGGUUCAGUCUAAUAAAGUUCGAUCUGUCGCGGGAAGGCUUGCUGUUCAAGCUGCUGAGAGAGGUUGGAGGGUUUAUGUAUUGGAUGAACAUGGGACAUCAUCAGAAGCUUCAGACAGAAUGAUUGUAAUGGGACUCGGCAAGAGUGAAAGGCAGAACAGAGAAGAUGCGUACGCUGCUGUGAUAUUAUUGGAGAGGUAUUUCUCUACACAAGGUCUAGGAGCCGAGAUUAUACUUCCGAAGAGUUUAGACCUCCAAGAGAAGAUCAAGAACAAUGCACCUAAAGACCCUGACUUUUUACCCGGAAAACUCGAAGAAUAUUACAAAUUCUAAAGCAGUUUGCUAUCGUUCGCAAUUUCUGUGAUUUCGAUUCAGUAUAUAAACACAACAAUAAGUUUUUUUUUUGGCCUAUGAUCUUGUUAGUUCGGUAGUUCAUCUACCAAAAGAUCCUAUUUUUACUCUGUUUGUGUGUGUUUAUAUUACAAGGCAGAACAGAGUCAAGUAAACUGGUGAAUACAAGUGACAUACGUGUACACAUCUUAGCCCAAUCAAAGUGGAUAAAGGAACUCUUUCACACGUGCGAGAUCAUCUCUUGUGUGAUAAAGCUGAAUGUACUAUUUCUACUCUGCAAAGUUUGAACCUUUAACAAUGGCUCUCUCUUCGCUCUCUCCGCUCCCUAUGAAGUCACUUGAAACUUCACGAUCCUCAUCUUCCGUCUCAAGGUCUCUUUACCAUCUUCCGAGACACCCAUUGAGGCGUUUACAGCUAAACUCCCGUUCAAGACCAGAAAGAGAUUCGUCAGAUUCUAGGGAAGAUUGUUGCUCCGGUGGAGAGCCGAAGACGUGGAAGAGGUUUUUAUCUGGAGCUUUAGCAGCGGCGGUGGUAGUCUCGAGCUCAGGGUUUCCAGCAAUGGCAGAUCUUAACAAGUUCGAGGCGGAUAUACGUGGCGAGUUUGGGAUUGGAUCAGCUGCUCAGUUCGGUUCUGCUGAUCUCAG